AUGCGAGCAAUCUACGGAAGUACAUAUGGACGCAAAGUGGCUGUCCUGGCGGCCGGGACGAUCAGCGAAGAAAUCAUGGAAGGCUUUCAGUCACUCGCAAAUCCAACAAUCAGCACAUUUUUGCUCUGGGCGGUGCGACGUGUGGUCAAGGCUGCAGUCCAGCUCUGGCGACGAGCACGGCUUGAGUGGGAUCUGAUCCAUUCGACGCUGCCAUCAACGCCGGAUUGGGAACGAGGGACCGACACAAUGCUUUGGAUACGACCACACGUUGUUCGGGAGCGAACGGGCUCCCUGGAUGCAAAAGAGGCCAGUUCCAAGAGCGCAUGUGUCUAUCUGCAAGGUACAGGAAUACGUGAAGGCUCCCCACUGGUCAUGACACGGCGUCAGGAGCUUCUCGCGGAAAGGAGAGGGUGA